ACCCUGAGUGUUUUAACAGGAAAUAUUUACAGCCUAAGAGUUCAGAAGAGAUGAUUGCACUAAUUUUCUUUUCUGCCCUGCUGUGGAACAAGGCUCAAGCAUGGGGGUUCAAGGACGGAGUGCUGCAUAACUCUAUUUGGUUAGAACGAGCUGCUGGAGUGUAUCACAGGGAGUCGCGCUCUGGGAAGUACCAGCUUACCUAUGCAGAAGCAAAAGCAGUCUGUGAAUACGAGGGAGGACAUCUAGCCACAUAUCAGCAGCUGGAGGCAGCAAGAAAAAUAGGUUUCCACGUAUGCGCUGCUGGCUGGAUGGCAAAGGGUAGAGUUGGUUAUCCUAUAGUAAAAGCUGGAGCCAACUGUGGCUUUGGAAAAACUGGUAUUGUUGAUUACGGGAUUCGCCUCAACAGAAGUGAGAGAUGGGAUGCCUACUGCUACAACCCAAAUGGAAAAGAGUGUGGUGGAGUCUUCACAGAUUCCAAGCAUGUUUUUAAGUCACCAGGCUACCCAAAUGAGUACGAAAAUGAUCAAAUUUGCUACUGGCAUAUUAGAGUGAAGUAUGGACAACGUAUUCAUCUACAGUUUCUUGAGUUUGAUGUUGAAGAUGACAUUGCUUGUAUGGCCGAUUUCUUGGAAAUCUAUGAUAGCUAUGAUGAUAUCAAUGGCUUUGUGGGCAGAUUUUGUGGAGAUGAGUUGCCAGAUGAUAUCAUUAGCACAGGCAAUGUGAUGACCUUGAAAUUCUUGACAGAUGCUUCAGUGACUGCUGGUGGUUUUCAAAUUAGAUACUUUACUAUGGACAUGCCUUCAAAGUCAAAUGAUGGAAAAAACACAACAUCUCAAGGAAAAACAAACUUCUUAUCUGGGAAAUUUGGUAUUAUGUGAGCAGA